AUGCUGUUCUGUGUACACAAAAGUACUAGUCAAACCCGGAAAGCUCUCAAUGGUGAUAAGAAUGGAGACGAGGUUGCUGGCUGGCUGAAGUCGUUGCGUCUUCAUAAGUAUACGACGUUGUUCCAGGAGCUGACCUAUGAGGAGAUGCUCUCUCUUGAUGAUCUCCUCCUCGAAAGACGCCACGUCACCAAAGGAGCUCGAAAGAAGAUUUUGCAAAGCAUCGACAAGCUUCUUCAGCGCCCCUUCGUCCUCCGGCAAACUGCUGACAUGCUCCGCCGCAACCCUGGAGAGAGAUGCCUUAACUGCGCCAUCGCUUGCCUCCGCUACACCCUCGGGACCCCGAUUCGCCCGUAUGGCCCAACCACUUCCAGCUCCCCGGAUUCUGGAUGGUCUGGCGUGUCCGAUCAGAACCUCCCCGAGAUGCUGUUCCGCCUGGUGUACAUGGUGCAAACCCUGCUCUUCCGUUAUGGGCUAAGCCCUCUGGAAGAUGUGGAGGACGAGUACUUGUACAUGUUGCUCCACGUCUACGAUCGGAUCCUGAGCAAUGAGGCUUUCACCGCGGCGCAGAAGACGAAGGUGAUGGAGUGGAAGCGGGAAGCGCGUGACUUUUUGGCACCUGGGGAUAUUAAGAGGACCCGCGUGAAUACACCUCAUUCUCCACGUUGUGAGGGAUGUAUGACUGCGGCUAAAUCCCUGCCUCCACGCCCUAUCCCUCUACAACGUUCCAUCUAUCAAACCGUCCUAAGUGUCCGCCAGGUCUCCAACCUCCCUAAAGAACUUCUGGAGCAACUCCUGACCGCUAACCUCUUCGCCCCGCACCAGCUGGCCAUGUUCUGCCUCUUCCAACAGCAGAUCAUCCAACACCAACAGCAGCAACAGCAGCAACAACAGCAACAGCAGAAGCAGCAACAACAACAACAACAACAAACCCAGCCUGUCCAGCCAAAGCCUGCCCCGCUCCAAAACCCCCUCUUCGCACCGAAUCUGGGCUUCGAGAUGGCGGCCGAGCCGACGCAGAGCUACUAUCGACAGCCGAAGCCGAUCGUGCAGCAGCCUGCUCAGGCUCAGGCCCAACCCAAGGAGGAGCCGUUGAGCGCCGAUUUCGCACGGAUGGCGAUCGGGACUUGGCGUGGGGUGGCUGAGGAGGAAGCUUUGAAGCAUCGUAUCUACGAGCCAUUCUCACCUCCGUUAUGCGAUUCGACCUCGGGCUACUCCUCUUCUGGCAGUGAGCGAGGCUCAGCCGGCUCCCCGGAAGCCUACCGUAACCGAGCUGUCGCGGCUCCCAAGUCCCCCAUCUCUCGGCUUCAUGAACAGGUCCUACGGCCCGGCCCGUUCAGCGACAUCUUCAACGAGUACGACCUCCUCGGCGCUGCUGUGCCGAAGAUCGACGUCGAUUGGGUGUAUGAAAUCUCGCGAAAA